AUGUCGACGACCCAGAUCGCGCUCGACCGCAUCAACGCGGUGCUCAACGCGGCCGGUCUCGACGACACCAUCUUCUCGCUCCGCGACGCCAACUCGUCUCUCUUCCUCCUUCUCUUCAAGAAGCUGUUUGCGCGGACCCUUCCGGGCGUGCAGGCCGCGCCGGUGGGCGAGCAGGAGCACGCCGCGAACUACGAGGUGCUGCUGCGGGCCAUCGGCGACGACGUCCUCGGCAUGGACCUCUCCCAUCUCUCGCCGACGCAGCUCGCCGCGGGAGAGCUCGCGCCGCUGUGCAACCUCGCCGAGAUCUUCUCCGAGCUGUGCGGCAUCCUCCUCGCCGACGAAGACGCCCUCCCUCCGCACCACCACAGUUCGCCGGAUGAGGGCCGCCUCGAAGACGGAGGGUACGGCGGAGGGCACGGCGGAGGGUGCGGCGGAGGGUACAGUGACAUGGGCUGCGAGCGCGGCUACGGGGGCCACCGUGAUGCAUCGUACGGCGGAGGGUGCUGCGGGCACGAGACGUCCGCGGCACGCGCUGUCCGCUGCAGAGGUGCGCCGCAGCGCCGCAGCGCCGGCGUGGCGCGGGGACGGGAGGCGGAGGAGGAGAGGCCUUUGCACUUCAAGACGCCGUCGGCGCUGCUGCAGCAGCUGCAGGAAGAGCCCCGGAGCUCACACUCGCUCGACCGGAGCAGCAGUUGA